GGGGAGAAAGAAUACAGCCUUCAUCUUUUCCUGCUUUCUUUGAGGGGGCUAAUGACAGGAGAUCACAGGGCAUAAGUAUACCCCCCAAAUACUCACAUGAGAGAGCUGAAGAAAACCAGCAGAGAAAAUGAAAAGCAACUGGCAUCUUCCAGCUUUCUUGUACAUGUGUAGUUUUCUGGGGUCUUUGGUGUCAGCUACCAUUCAGCAUCAAACAAGAUUUCCAGUCACCUUCGCUUCUAACCAAAAGACUGAUCUCUGCCCAACAAUCAGGAUUGGCCAAGAUGACUUGCCAGGUUAUGACCUGAUUUCUCAGUUCCAGAUAGAUAAAGCUGCCUCCCAAGGAGUUAUCCAGAGAGUGGUAGGCUCCACAGCUUUACAGGUGGCUUAUAAAUUUGGCAGCAAUGUCGACUUCAGGAUCCCAACCAGGGCUUUGUAUCCCAACGGAUUGCCUGAUGAAUAUUCCUUUCUAACUACUUUUCGGAUGACUGGAAGCACACUUCAGAAAUACUGGAGUAUUUGGCAGGUUCAGGAUUCUUCAGGAAAAGAACAAGUUGGAGUGAAGCUUAAUGGUCCAGCUAAGAGCAUUGAGUUUUCUUAUAUGGGACUGGAUGGAAGUCUCCAGACUGCAAACUUUUUGCAUUUGCCUUUUCUGUUUGAUUCCCAAUGGCACAAGCUUAUGAUCAGUGUGGAGAAGACCAGUGUCACUCUUUUUAUUGACUGCCUUAAGGUAGAAUCCUUAAACAUAAAACCAAAGGGCAAAAUCAACACUGAUGGCUUUGCUGUGCUGGGAAAACUUAACAACAAUCCUAAAAUUUCAGUUCCGUUUGAACUCCAAUGGAUGCUGAUUCAUUGUGACCCUCUGCGACCACAAAGAGAAACAUGCAGCGAACUUUCAUCCCGGACCUGGAUAAGCCAGACGGCCGUGGUGGGACUGACAGGACCUGAUGGAUCAUCUGGCCCAUCUGGUCGAAAAGGACAAAAGGGUGAACCUGGAUUGCCUGGAGCUCAUGGGCUUCCAGGUAAGGGAAUUCUUGGAUCAGCUGGUCCCCCUGGUGCAGCAGGACUUCCUGGUGAAGUUGGCCGUGUUGGUCCACCGGGUGAUCCUGGGAAGAGAGGACUACCAGGCCUACCAGGACCACCAGGCCAAAGGGGAACAAUUGGGCUACAUGAUGGAGAUCCACUGUGUCCCAAUGCUUGUUCACCUGGUCGUCCAGGACAUGCUGGCCUGUCAGGAAUGAAGGGUCAUAAAGGUGCAAAAGGAGAGCCUGGUGAACCAGGAAGACAGGGUCAUAAGGGUGAGGAAGGAGACCAAGGAAUCCUAGGUGAUGUUGGAACUCAAGGCCCUCCAGGCCCUCCAGGUUCAAGAGGUAUGAUUGGAAUAAUGGGACCGAAAGGUGACAAGGGUGCUCGUGGGCUGGAUGGUGACCUGGGUCCCCGAGGUCUCCCUGGUGCUCCUGGUGACCAAGGACAGAGAGGUUCUCUUGGAGAGUUAGGUCCAAAGGGAGACAGAGGCCCUCCUGGUCCAAGAGGAAUAACUGGUCUCCCUGGGCCAAAAGGACAACCUGGCUUGCCAGGAGUUGAUGGCCGGGAAGGGAUCCCUGGAAUGCCUGGAGCAAAGGGUGAACCAGGAAAACCUGGCUCUCCAGGGGAUGCAGGACUUCAGGGACUGCCAGGUUUACCUGGAUUUCCAGGUGCAAAAGGUGUUUCUGGACCAAAGGGUAAUAGAGGACCCCCUGGAGUACCAGGUUUGAUGGGAAAUUCUGGUAAACCUGGAGAACAAGGGGUAGCAGGGGCAGUGGGACCAAUAGGACCAAGGGGACCACCAGGUGGUAGAGGUGAUCCAGGUCCUGCUGGUCCUCCAGGACCACCAGGGAAACGGGGCUCUGAAGGGGAUAUAGGACUUCCAGGACUCCCUGGUCCUCCAGGCCUCCUUGGUGUUAAAGGUGACAGGGGCACAGUUGGUGAGCCAGGUCCUAAAGGUGAACAAGGUACUGCUGGAUCCGAAGGAGAACCAGGAGGAAGGGGUGACCUGGGUGAUAUGGGACUGCUGGGCCCAAAGGGAUCUGCUGGUAACCCUGGAGAACCUGGUUCUCGGGGGCCUGAAGGAAGUCGUGGAUUGCCUGGCAUGGAAGGGCCACGUGGAUCACCUGGACCUCGUGGUAUGCAGGGUGAGCAAGGUGCUCCGGGACUGCCUGGCAGCCAGGGUCCAGCCGGUAGAGAGCCAACAGAUCAGCACAUCAAACAGGUUUGCAUGAGAGUCAUGCAAGAACAACUGGCUCAGCUGGCAGCCAGUCUUAGGAGGCCUGAAUUUGGUGCUACAGGUCUUCCAGGUACACCGGGACCACCUGGUGCUCCUGGACCUGCUGGAGAAAAUGGCUUCCCAGGACAGCUUGGACCUCGUGGUCUACCAGGUCUCAAAGGACCUCCUGGUGAGAUUGGUCGCAAAGGUCCAAAAGGUGAUGCUGGUGAAAAGGGGGACAGAGGAUUUCCUGGCAGAGGACCCAAAGGCUUACCUGGAACAACAGGCCUUCCAGGUGAACCAGGCAAACCCAGCUACGGUAGGGAAGGACGUGAUGGGCUACGAGGCCCACCAGGUAUAGCUGGUCAGCCUGGAGUUCCUGGUCCUCCAGGUCCUCCUGGUCCUCCAGGAUAUUGUGAGCCAUCAUCUUGCACAAUGCAAGCUGGACAGAGAGCUGGUAAGAAUGUGAAAGGGCCAUGAAAGUGCAACGCAAGUACCAGGAAAUGUUAGCAUCAAUUUACUACUUGCACAUACAGCUGACACAGAGGAGAAACAUACCAAACAAGGAAAACUUCAUCAACCAAGGCUUUAAUAGGAAAAAACUUUAACACUUUGUUGUACCAUCUUUCAAAUGUUUGUUGGCAAUACAAUUUGGAACAGUGGUGCUUUCAAAACUGCAUGGGCAAGGCCUUUGGGCUUUGUCUUUGCCCUAGGGAUACAAGGCAAUUUUCAAAUAAAUUAUUUUUAAAAUAAAGGCAUUUUUCAGUCAUACCCCUGCCAUGAUGCUGUUCAGUGAUAUACUGGGCUUUAGGGCCAAGACCAAAUAAAAAAGAAGGAAUGUUUUUCUUAAUUCAUUUCUAGCUACAACUCCUUUGGGUUAUAUUUGUAAAAUAAAUUCCAUAGAUGCCAACUUAACUGAUCACAUCACCUUGUCUACAUUCAUUCUACCAUGUGUUUGUUUCUUUUUAUCUACAAAUUACUGUGAUUUCAAUAGUCAUGGCUGCCAAGCCACACUGAAUACCUUUUAUGCUGUAAAUCUUUGUAAAUGUGUGAUCAUUAUGAAGAAGUCAUGUAGAAUAAUCUAUGCAUAAUGCCAGCUUUUAGUUUCUGCUCCAGUUUGUGUUGAAUCCCUAAUUUUGUUUGAAGCCUGUUCCAUCUUGGGUCCUUCUGUGUAAAAUCUAAGAAGGCAAGAAGCCACUGGUAAGGGAAUUUUUAUUCCCAGAAAUAAAUACGUUUUAUAACUCAGAUUAUUUAUUUUAAAGAUCUAAAAUGACAUCGCUGGUUGUACAAAAGGAAAAAAAUAAAUGAUGUUUCUUAACCCCUUGCAUGUUUUUGAAUGAAUGAUCAUAUAUGGUACAGUUAAAAUAGCUGAGUUAGAAAAGCCCCAUUAGAAAUGUCCAGAUUCUGCCUUAUCUACUGCGACUUCAUUUUUAAAGAAAUAUGUGCAAUGCAGAUAUUUUUGUUUCUUGCUAUGUAAAUUA